CCAAAUUUGAAAUAUAUAAAGACUCCUGCUGUGUCCCCCUUUGCAUUGGAUGUGGAAAAAUCUCAAAAAGCCACCCUUACCACCAAAUUAUAAGUCUGUGAAAACGGGAUAUUCCUCUGAUGACGACAAGACUCGAUCGUCUAGUACUUUUGCUAGAUACUGGGUCAACCGCAGCAGUUAGACGAACCGCCGCCCAGCAACUAGGCGAGAUUCAGAAACAGCAUCCAGGCGAACUUUAUAAUCUCUUAUCCAGGGUUGUCGUUCACUUGCGAAGCAAGGCAUGGGAUACACGAUGGGCUGCAGGUCAAGCACUGGAAGCCAUCGCUGCCAAUGUUCCUGCGUGGGAACCUACAAACGAAGUGAAACAGGAGCAUGCACCGGAUGAGAGCAACGAUACCCAUAAGCUGACCUUUGAUCAGUUUGAUCUCGCCUCCGUUCUUCAGCAUGGCAAGCUCUUGCUAGGAUCAGCCGGUAAAGAAUACGACAUUGACUUUUCCGACAUGACUCCAGAAGAACGAUUGCAACUUCAGCGACGCAAUCUCAGAGAACGUUUAGGUUUAGGCAGUCAGUUUAUGGACGUGGACUUGUUGGACGAUGCCGAUUUGGACACUCGCAAACACGGCAAAAAACCGGCUCAUUCACCUUCGCCAUCCCCAUCCAAUUCCAGUACCACAUCCACAGCCAACACCGCGACAGCACCCGUUGCGCCCACACCGGCCAUUGCUGAGAUUAACAUGGCAGGUUUGUCGGCACGUGAACGAAAUAUGCUAAAGCGUAAAAUGAAAAACGACGCCAAAGUGAACAAGAACAAGGAAAAAGUUCGUGUUGUCGCGUUGCAGAGCAAGCCAGAAGCCUCGUCUUUGAAACCUGUCAAAAUGGAAAAGAGAGAAGAAUUCGACAUUACAGCUCAACCACAGUCGGAUAAACUAGUCGUGGAAUCCAAAAAGACGUCUGCCACAGAUGAUGCAUCCUCAACGGAACAGCAGCAAGAUUGGCCCUUUAAAAUGAUUUGUGAACAUCUCUGUAUGGAUCUCUUUGACCCAACCUGGGAAAUUCGUCACGGUGCCGGUAUCGGUCUUCGCAGUAUUCUCAAAGCUCACGGCCAAGGUGCAGGCAAACUAUUGCAUAUGGACAUCAAAAAGAACGAAGAACUGCACAAUAUUUGGUUGGAAGAUGUGGCGAUUCGAUUGCUCUGCGUAUUUGCUCUUGAUCGAUUUGCCGAUUUCAUUUCCGAUCAAGUCGUUUGUCCAGUGAGAGAAACGUGUUCGCAAACGUUGGGUGUGGUUUUGCAGUAUAUGCAAGUGGAUGCCGUUCAAAAGGUCCAUGCCACGUUGCUGAAAUUGAUCAGUCAGGACGGUCCCGCUUUUGGCGGCCGAUCCAUUUGGGAAGUGCGUCAUGCCGGCUUGCUCGGAUUAAAGUACACCGUCGCGGUACGUAAAGAUCUCGUUGAGACUUUGGUGGAUGGAACCACCAGUGCAGUUAUUCUUGGUUUACGUGAUCACGACGACGACGUACGAGCUGUCAGUGCCGCCACUUUGCUACCUAUUACAGCCGAAUUCGUCCGCAUGAGUUCGAAUGAACGGGUACACACGGUGAUCAUGACAUUGUGGGAUUGUCUCAUCGACCUCAAAGACGAUUUAACAGCCUCCACCGGUGCCGUCAUGGAUCUGAUUGCGAAAAUGUUUGAACAACCCGGCGUCAUGGAUAUUGUUCGCAGUGGAUGCUCUUUGGGCAAUCUCGUCCCUCGUCUCCAUCCGUUUUUCCGUCACACAAUUACCGGUGUCCGUAUGGCUGUAUUAAAUACCUUGGUCACGUUUCUGGAAUGCGGAACCGCCGCCGAAUGGGCCGAUGAACGUAUCUACCGUCUCGUAUUCCAGAAUCUGGUCGUAGAGGAGAAACCCGAAGUGCUCAAGAGAACUUUGGAUGUGUGGAGAGGAUUGACGAUUGGCGGUUAUGUGCCACAGCCUUUGGUGCUUCAGGGCACACAGACAUGGCUCGGUAGUUGGUUCGAAGUUGCCAUGACGCCGAUCGGGCAACCAUUGGAUGUUGCUACGCAUUUUUACAAACCUCCGGGAGCGUUUGGUUUGGGCGGGAAAACGACCGUGGACAAACCCGGCAAAAAGUCAGCUGCCAGUAGCAAGAAAGCGGCCAAAACCAAUGGCAUUGCCGGGGAAAGUUUACGCAUCGGUGAAGGGCUGGAAGAAGACGCAGGGCAUAAUCUCGACGCAGGCAUGAUUGCCCAGGAUUUCUCCUUGAUUACCGUCGAACAAGUGAUGCGAUGCCGUAUUGCUUGUGCAUCUGCGUUGGGUAUGGCCAUGAGUUGUUGGCCCGAUGAUUCCAUGGAGCUCUCGUACCAAGGUGUUUUAUUGACGCUUUUAUCAUCUCAAUGGGCAUUAAAACGCCAACUGGGUGCCAUGGUCGUGGAAGAAUGGGCCAAAGCCGUAUUACAAACACGACAUAAUGCCAAACAUAUCAGUCACGCACCUCCGGACGCUCGAUUAGCGACUUCCCACAAAUUCCCUCAGACACUCUCGGAAGCUAUGAUUGCCAACCUCGAAAAUUCAACAACAGACACCACUGGCUUCUACUUUGAACUUGUUCACCUUUUAAAACGCAUUCGCGGUGAAGCCCAAGCUCUGAUCAACGGAUUUUCCGAAGCCAAGAUUCCUGCCAAUACACUGCCUGCAUUACCGGCCUUUGUCAUGGGUGAAGUGCCUCAAGAUCAAGGUCCCUUGUUCAGCAUUGAAACAGCCAGCUGGGUCGUCAGCGAAUUUUAUCAGAAAACGCUUAUUCAGAUUCCCAAAGGAAAGGGUAAAACCGCGCUUCUCAAAUCGCUGGAGGAACGACAGCAUCGCGUCGUUGCUUCCAUUGGAUACUAUGAAGGACUCAAGCAAAAGGUGGAAAUCAAUGUGUACUCGGCUACAGCAGGCGCCAUUGUUGAAUUGGGCGUUCUUCCCUCAAAACUUAAUCCCAUCAUUCGCAGUAUCAUGAACAGCAUCAAGUUUGAAGAAAACGCUGAAUUACAACAGCGAUCGGCGGCCACACUGGCGGAUCUUAUUGCGCUUUGUGCACGCAAUGGCGGUAGAACCAAUCCCACCGAUCUGAUUCUCAAGAAUUUAUGCAUUUUCCUCUGUUCCGACACUGGUAAAACGCCCAUCCUCGAAGAAAAUCAAGCCACUUCCGGUAUCUUAUCGAUUCAGAAAGAAGAUGUCACGAAAGCAGGACCCGCCAAAGAACUCACGCCCGAACAGAGUGAAGCCCAAUUGAUGAAACGAGGUGCAGAAACCGCACUUCGUGAACUGUGUGAUCGUUUUGGUGCCCAAGUGUUCGUCAUGGUACCAAAACUGUGGGAACGAAUGACAUACAAUCUGAAGCAAAUGUUUGCGCCAGACAGCAAUGUUUCUGAUGUGGCUGCGGCGGAUAAAGCCAUGAGCGCCGACAUCUCAUUGGGUCAAGAAGUCAUUGACACCAUCACAGUGGUUACCACAGUGGUUCCUUACAUCUCUUCGGAACUGUGGCCCAAGAUGGUGGAAAUUGUUCCCUAUGUUUGCAAAGCGUUGCAGUCUCAGUAUGCGGUGAUUCGCCAAGUGAGCGCCCGAUGUCUCGCUACGAUUGCCAAUGUGGUGACCGUGCAAACAAUGCAAUUACUUAUUGAACGAGUCUUGCCGCAGCUCGGUGACGCUUUGAACGUGCAUCAUCGACAGGGAGCUGCAGAAUUAGUGUAUCAUUUGGUGCAAACACUUGAUACAAAGAUUCUGCCCUACACCAUCUUUUUGGUGGUCCCGAUCUUGGGACGUAUGAGCGAUCCGGACGAAGCCGUACGAUUAAUUUGCACCAAUUGCUUUGCUCUUUUGAUCAAACUCGUGCCUUUGGAGGCCGGUAUCCCCGAUCCUGAGGGCAUGUCGGCAGCACUGCUCGCUCACCGUGAUGAAGAACGCAAAUUCUUGUCCCAGCUAUUGGACAGCUCCAAAGUCGAAAACUUUGAAAUUCCCGUCAAGAUCAAAGCUGAGCUUCGUAAAUAUCAACAUGAAGGUGUUAGUUGGUUGGCGUUCCUGAACAAGUUCCAUUUACACGGUAUUCUCUGUGAUGAUAUGGGUCUUGGUAAAACUCUUCAAUCUAUCUGUAUCCUUUCAAGUGAUCAUUAUUUGCGUGCCCAGCGUUACGCUGCCACUCAAGCACCGGACUCUAUUCCAUGUCCAUCGGUAGUCAUUUGCCCGCCGACCUUGACGGGCCAUUGGUAUCACGAAGUGCUCAAUUUCUCUGAAAAUUUACGCCCUCUUCUGUAUGCGGGAGGUCCCACGGAGCGUAAACGACUUCGCGCCUCUCUAACGAAAUACGACGUUGUCAUCAUGUCUUAUGACAUUAUUCGUAACGAUAUUGACGACUUAUCUCACAUCACUUGGAACUAUUGUAUUCUUGAUGAAGGCCACAUCAUCAAAAAUGGAAAAACGAAAAUCACAAAAGCUAUCAAGACUAUCAAAUCCAACCAUCGCCUCAUUUUAUCCGGUACUCCGAUUCAGAACAACGUCCUCGAACUGUGGUCAUUAUUUGAUUUUCUCAUGCCUGGAUUCCUGGGAACUGAAAAGAUCUUUAAUGAACGAUUCGGUAAACCGAUUCUGGCAAGUCGGGACAGUAAGAGUUCAUCCAAAGAUCAAGAAGCAGGUGCGCUGGCGCUGGAAGCUUUGCAUAAACAAGUUUUGCCCUUUUUACUUCGCCGUCUCAAAGAAGAUGUACUACAUGACCUACCUCCUAAAAUUAUCCAAGACUAUUAUUGCGAGCUCGGUGAUUUACAGAAAAAACUUUAUGAAGAAUUUGCACGUUCACAAACAAAGAAUGCAGUGGAAGCCGAUCUUGAAGCGGAAGAACCAUCAACUGAUCAAGUAGAGAAGAGUGGCAAAUCCGCUACCCACAUCUUUCAAGCAUUACAGUAUCUUCGUAAACUGUGCAAUCACCCCUUGCUGGUGGUCAACGAGAAGCAUCCCAGUUAUGAACGGGUAAAGCAAGACCUGGCUCGAUCCAAUACAUCAUUGCAUGAUAUUCACAACGCACCAAAACUAUUGGCAUUAAAGCAGCUGCUUGGCGAAUGUGGUAUUGGUGCAACGACCACGGAAAACGAGUCCGAUCCCGCAGCGAUGGCGGUGGGCGCAGUGAGUCAACAUCGUGCGUUGAUUUUCUGCCAACUCAAGACGAUGCUCGAUAUCAUUGAGAACGAUUUGUUGAAAAAGUUGAUGCCUACUGUCAGUUACCUUCGACUGGAUGGGUCGGUAGAAGCGAAUCGGCGCCAUGACCUUGUUCAAAAGUUCAAUGCGGAUCCUUCAAUUGAUGUCUUGCUAUUGACAACGCAUGUGGGUGGACUUGGGCUUAAUCUCACGGGGGCGGAUACCGUGAUCUUUGUGGAGCAUGACUGGAACCCCAUGAAAGAUUUGCAAGCCAUGGAUCGUGCACAUCGUAUUGGUCAGAAAAAAGUGGUCAAUGUGUACCGAUUGAUCACGCGCGGCACAUUAGAAGAAAAGAUCAUGGGUCUCCAAAAAUUCAAACUUAAUAUUGCCAACACGGUGGUGAACCAACAAAACGCCGGAUUACAGAGCAUGGACACGGACCAAAUCUUGGACUUGUUCAACGUGAACGAAGAAGGCGAAAAACGUCGAAAGAAGGCUGCCGCGGAAGCCGCCGCCGGCCCAGACGGCAUGGGUAAAGCCAAGGCGGUUAUUGAAAACUUAGAAACACUAUGGGACGAAAAAGAUUACGAAGAAGAAUACAAUAUUGAUAGUUUUAUCAGUAGUCUAAAUUAAAUAAAACCAUUCACAAUUUUAUUAUGCAUCAUU